AUGAAUAUCCCGAAGGAAGACGACCCCGGCAACCGAGCCAUAGACAUUACCAUACAACUUGACAAGGACAAAAAAAUGAAGGUAGUAAAGAAAGUCGUAAAGAAUGUUGUGAAAGACCUCCCGACAAUUCACAACGGAAGUGCCAACUGCGACUUGAGUGAAAAAAAGGAAACAGAUGAAUCCCACGAGGAAGGAAUGAAAAUGUAUUUACAGUAUUUCCAAAGAAGGAUGGUAAAAUAUAGGGACACGAAUAUUUAUGAGAUAUAUACCUUAAAACAGGUCGAAGAAAAAAUGCAAGAAAUUGUCACGGACGUUGUUAGCCUCACGAACCUCCGCUAUGAUUAUGCAUACAGUUUUUUAAAGUCAUACAAUUUUAAUUCGAAUGAUUUUAUCGAGGCAUGGUUUAGGAACCCAAAGGAAGUGCUAGCGAAGGCAUACAUGUCUCACCUUAACGAGGAAGAUCUAUGUGCAGAUUGUGCUAGUGGUGAUAUGGCUCCUCUGUUAGUAGCACCCACCACUGACAUGGGUAAAUCAAGGCAAGAAUUCCCCUCUAAACAAAUGACUCAGACGGAGACAGGAACCAAAUAUACAUGCCCAAUCCUACUUAACGAGUAUGACUUAAAAGACACCUACGCGCUCAAAUGCGGACAUCGGUACUCGAAGGAGUGCUGGAAAGGAUACCUCCAAACAGCCAUUAACAACGACUUUGACGAAGAUAUAAUUAAUAAAAAGUGCAUGGAACCAGAAUGCAAAGAACUCAUCAUGAGGGAAGACUGGAAAAAUAUCUCCGACACAAACAAUGACCUCUUUGCACAAUACCAAAAUAUCUUGGUAAAAAUAUUCAUAAAAAAUAACCCUAGUUUAAAAAAAUGUCCAUAUGAUAAGUGCCCCUACGUUAUCGAAUCUGUGAUGCUACCUGAUAAUGGAGUCAUUUGCAGAUGUGGAUACAACUUUUGCUUCAACUGCAAGGAGGAAUUUCACAGGCCCGUUUCCUGCGCUAUCAUUAAACAGUGGAAUGAUCUGCUCACAAAGGGUGAACAUAAUGUUAAGUGGAUUCACUCCCACACGAAGCAGUGCACCAACUGUGCCAAGUCGAUUGAGAAAGCGUCCGGCUGCAUGAACGUCAAGUGCAUCUGUGGGUUCAGCUUCUGUUGGCUAUGCCUUCAGCCCUGGGCGCACCACAAGGGGGGCUUCUACCAGUGCAAUCAGUACGUCACGCAGAGGGGACCAUUAAAUGUGGAACCGGAUACCACACAAGGUGGCUCAAAAAAUGAUACCCCCAACGAGACGCCCAUCCUCACACCACAGAACCGCAAAAGCGCGCACGAGGCGCUUCACAAAUUCAACCACUUCAAAACCAGAUUCGACGCCCACCAGUAUGGAGAAGAGUUUUCCAUCAACACGCAGCUUCUUUUCCUUUCCCAGUUUUGUGCAUCGAACAACAUCCAGCCAACACAUCGUAUAUAUCAUUUUCAAAACUCCAUCAUACAAACCAUUAGAUGCAGAAAAAUCCUCAAGUGGUCCUAUGCCUUCGCUUACUUUGCCACUUGGGAUGACGAAAAUAAAAAAUAUCUGUUCGAGUACCACCAAGGACAGCUAGAAAAAAACUUAGACAUUUUACAAAAAAAAACGGAGAGUGUAAAUUUGGCUCAUUUCCUGACCACCAAUUUGGAUGUGAAAGUUGUUCGUGAGGUGGAGGAGUUGACCAAGACAGUCGAUGUGUUUUUUAAAAAUAUCUGUGACUUUAUGGAGAGCGCUUUUAGCUCCUGUGCUGAGAAACUCUCAGGUUGA